AUGCAGACUGCUUCUACAAACAUUUGUGAAAGAAUGGGUCGCUCUCAGGAGCUCAGUGACUUCAAGCGUGGUAUCGUGAUAGGUUGCCACCUGUGCAAUAAGUUCAUCCAUGAAAUUUCCUUGCUACUGAAUAUUCCACGGUCAACUGUUAGUGGUAUUAUAAGAGCUGAGGUGACUGGGAACAACAGCAACUCAGCCACGAGGUGAGUGGGGUCAGUGCAUGCUGAAGCACACAGUGUGCAGAAGUUGCCAACUGUAUGCAAAGUCAGUAGCUAAAGAUCUCCAAACUUCAUGUGGCCUUCAGAUUAGCACAACAACAGAGCACAUAGAGCUUCAAGGAAUGGGUUUCCAUGGCCAA